ACAAAACAGUUUCUCUUUAUGUAAGAGACUUUUGUGACGUGUUCUUUUAUAAGUUGAACAUAUUUAUAAAGUCCUGUGUUCUGCAGCGCCCAUGUCAUUCCAGUGGUGAUCAACGUCGACAGUGGGUCUUUAUUGGAGCGGGAAGCAAGUUCAUAUUGUGAACAAGAGGACCAAAAGAAUCCGUUAUUAUGUUCCAGAUACAUCCUAAAAUGAUGACAAUUUUGGUAUUAGUUAUCAUAUGUGCAUUCUGUUUGAAAGAUUCUUUAGCCAGACAUAAUCCAUAUACACCAACUAAAUACCAGAAAAAGAUAGCUCAAGGAUUUUCCACGAAUUUUUUUAAAACCCUCAAUUUCAAGAAAUACAACAAGAAAAACUUAGCUGAUAUUUAUGAACGAGGUUUUAGAAAUGUACGAUUAAGAUGUAGAGCAGAUCUUGACAAUUUGAACAUGGCUGUCUUUUUGGAUAAUUUAGAGACUGUCGUGAACGAUUGUCUUGCUACGAACAUUGCUCCAAUAAUUUCUUGGAUCCAUCACGAGGCCGAAGCUUUCGCCACUGAAUUACAUCGAACCAAUUAUUUGAAGUGGUGGAGACGAGUUGCUGAAAAGCUGAAAGAUAAGGACUACAGACUUUCAUUCAACCUAUUUACAGAACUAGGAGUCGACUCAUGUGAAAAUGAGUGCGCACAAAGUCUCAGAGAAAACACCGCAAAAUACAACGACUGGACAUCUGCUGUCGUAAAAAGGAUAAGAAAAUCCGGCGGAAAGAAUGAUAAACGGAUGCUGAUUCUAGGUUCUCCAAAGAAAACUGCUAAAGGAUUAGAAGAAAUCGACCAAAAUAUUUAUAAAAACGAUCCUUAUAUGAUGGCAGAGUGGCAUAUCUAUGCAUCUGGACCAAAUAAAAAACUAACAAACGACGGAAAUCCAGGUCAAAAAUAUUGGUCUGGGACUGGCGACGAUUUCGGAAAAAGUAAUGUCAUGACUGCCAUCGGAUAUGCAAACUAUUUUACAUCAUUUUACAAUUUGACCACUUAUCUUGGUGCUUGGAUGCCACAAGCUAAUGAAUUCGGGGACUUGAGCCAAUCGGAAAUCAUUAAUUUUGGAAAAUAUUUUGUCCAAGUAAUCAAACCGAUCCCUUGGUCCAUGAAUGUUCUUGAUACCUACUACGACACAAGGAACAGCGAUUGGAUUUUAAAUGACCAGGUUAUCAAAGGUCAGACAUUGAAUAUGUCACGAGUUCUGGAUGAAAUUAUAACGGUUAUGUAAUGAAUUCAGAAAAAAACAUUUUUUUUUUCCAUGGUUUUUACAUUGUAAUUUAUAAAUACUAAUAUUAAGAUAUUCAAUAUAGUGAUAUCGUUUAUUCGAUAUUCCAUAAAAAUAUCGAGGAAAUUUGAAAUACAUUCAAACAAUUUACAAAGAAAACCUUCUAUCGAUCUAGUGAGAUACCAAAAACGUUUGUUACAUUCUCUAAAAAUAAAGUUUAAAGGUACCAGUGACGUCAUAAAUUUAGAAAUUGUACACAUGAAAAAUGUCUCUUUAUUAUAUUGUAUUUGAUAUAUUAUAAGGUUUUUGUUAGAUGAUUCUAUGUUAUUUUUCUUUUUUCUUCUUUGCUGAUUUAUCAUAUGAUUUAGAUGAGUUAUACUUAGCUUUUUCUGAUACAGUAUCUAUAUUAUGUAGACAUAUUUUUAACUUGUGUCAUAUAUCCACUAUAAUUCCAUUAUGUGAAUUAAUACAUAUUUUCGUAUAAUAUAACGCAGUGCGUGUAGUUGUUAGUUCAUUUUCAAUCUAUGAGUUUAAAUGUCCCUCUGGUAUCAAUUGCCCUUAUUUUGUAAACAUAGAUACAUCUGCUUAUUUGCAAAAGCUGUUAGAAAUGAAAGAAGAACAAGUGAGUGAAAUUUUCCUCGGAGUUCAGUAUUUUUGUGAUUUUACUUCUUAUUCUUUUUAACACCUGAUCUUACAAUGUCCCACACUUCAUUAUAAAACAAGAUAUGAUAACAUCACGAAUAUUUGUAGUUGAAAUUAGUCACUUUAUAAUGGUUCUUUUCGAAAAUUAAGAAACCACUGAACAGGUAACUUUUUUUGCCGUAACCAGGAAAAUUGAUACCCACGAAUAACAGUUGCUCCACAAUAAUGUAAUUUUCCUUAAUAUGAUUACUUACUUAAAAAGUGUAUUUGGUUA